ACAAUAAAUCACUAUAUAAACACAUAAAUGUGCACCCCACCUUUCUUAUCAAACAUAAAAGUCAGCAAAACAAAGGCAUAUUCCUCUUCUCCUCAUAAGCCUUAAUUUCCAAAUAUUCAGAUUCAAGGAUCUCCAUGGCGAUCCACAAGAUCCUCUUCGCUUCACUUUUCAUUUGCUCACUGAUCCAAUCGAGUCAUGGGGCUACCAAAGAAAGGCUAUUUUCCGACCUGGAGAAAGGUGCUUUUGAGGUCACCACUAAACCCAGCCGAGAAGGAGAAGGUGUCGUUCUGGAUGCCGGAAUUGACAAAUUGAGCAUCACAUGGAAGCUAAACUCGACGGCAAAGGAGGCUGAAUUCAAGACUAUUAAAGUAAAGCUAUGCUACGCCCCGAUCAGCCAAGUUGACCGACCAUGGCGCAAGACGGAGAAUGAGCUCUUCAAGGACAAGAGCUGCCCGCACAAGAUCGUGGCAAGGCCCUAUGACAGCAGCGUUAAAACCGCUCAAACAAUCGAUUACACCCUUGAGCGCGACAUUCCCACCGGGACUUACUUUGUUCGUGCCUACGCUGUUGAUGCACACGACCAUGAAGUUGCCUUUGGACAGAGCACGGACGAGGAUAAGAAAACCAAUCUCUUCAGCGUUCAGGCUAUCAGUGGCCGCCACAAGUCCCUAGAUAUUGCCUCCAUCUGCUUCAGCGUCUUCUCUGUCUUGGCUCUGCUCGUUUUCUUUGUCAACGAGAAGAGGAAGGCCAAGAUAGAGCAAAGCAAAUGAGUCAUUUACUUUGCUUGUUUGCGACGUUAAACAGAAAGUCGUUGACUUUGAACUUUCUUUUGUAUCAAUUGCUUUUGUUUUGUUGCUUACCUCUUCUUUCUUCUGUACUUUUUACUUACGUGUUUGUAUCGUUAUAAGCCAUUCAUAUGGAGUCAAGAAACUAAUCCUACGGUGGUGAUGCGUUGGGUGCUUUAUAUAUUUGUUUACACUUUUUGAUA